AUGUGGGAACAAGAGGAGUUUGAAAAACAUUGGAGAAAUGAAUUUCCUGAAGGAGACGUGCCUCACAUGAAUUUAAACUCGGUGGAAGAUGUAGAGAAAGAACUAGAGAAAUGUAAGGCAAACCUGAAAAAGUUACAGCUGGCUUUGUCGGAAGAAAAAUUCAAAAUGAUAUAUCUCCAGACCACCAUUGCCCGAAAGAAGAAAAGCUAUGAUCAGGAAAGGUGGGAAAAUAACAAGGAGGAGGAGGAAGAGGAGAACACAUUGAGUGUUCACGUUCCGUCUUCAAAGCCUGAAAAUGAGAAACCGGAGCAGACAACGGAUCAGAGCGACGGAUUCAAACUCCCCAAAAAGAUAAAACUGUUUGGCAUUGGAAGUAAAGGUAGUGAAGAUUUGAUCAGUACAGGUCCCAUUACGCGAGACAUGGCUAGGGGCAGUAAGACAGGUAAGCCCAUCCUAAUACCCCCACGGAAAAAGCCCAGUUUCCAGAAAGAGAAAGAUAUAGUUUUCGAAGACUCCCAGUCAGGUGGGAACAGCGUCUGCUCCAAUGUAAACGAGAAUACAGAGGAUCAGAGCAGCGACCAAGAGUACGAGGACGCUGAACUGAACGAGAACUUUGUAAAGAAAAACCUGAUUAACCCUAAAAUAAACGUCAAAGAGUGCCAAACAAUCGGUCCGCACAGGGAUGCUAUCCGACCCUUCCGUUUCAGCAAGGAUUUUGACUCCAGUGACGAAGGCAGACUGUCACCUUCAGGCAUCAGGAUACAGCAUGGUUCGGGACGAAGCACUCCGGAUAGGCGGAGCGACGGUUACAUGAGUUCGGACCACGAGGAUUCCUCCUCUAUUGACUUUAACUACAACACUGACGGAUAUGAUGGAGACGCAGCGGAGGACAGGAAGUCUCAGGACGGCUCGGAGACCAUGCCCUUCAUCGACGAAUCUCCCACCAUGUCCCCCCAGCUGUGCGCCCGCGGACCCGACGGAGAGGCCGUCUCUCCCACCCCGCCCGAGGGGCUCUUACCAGGGGGGGACACCGAAAAGGGUUUGGAGAUGAAGAAGUUGGUUUUGUCUGGUUUUCUGGCCAGUGAAGAGAUCUACAUUAACCAGCUGGAUGCUCUGCUCUUGCCCAUGAAGCCACUGCGGGCUGCAGCCACCACCUCUAAGCCCGUGUUGACCACGGAGCAGAUAGACACCGUCUUCUACAAGAUCCAGGACAUCUUUGAGAUCCAUAAGGAGUUCUACGACGCCCUCCACCCCCAUAUUCAGCAGUGGGACGACAAAGUCACCGUGGGUCACCUCUUCCAGAAACUGGCCAGCCAACUUGGUGUUUACAAAGCAUUUGUCGACAACUACAAAGUUGCCGUGGAGACAGCUGAGAAAUGCAAACAGGCCAACAGUCAGUUCCAGACCAUCUCUGAGAACCUCAAAGUCAAAGGCCCCAAAGACUCCAAAGACUGCCCCACUACUAGCACCAUGGAGUCUCUACUCUACAAGCCCAUUGACCGUGUUACUCGAAGCACCCUGGUCCUACAUGACUUACUGAAACACACUCCUAAAGACCAUCCAGACUUUCCGCUGCUGCAGGAUGCUUUGAGGAUAUCCCAGAAUUUCCUCUCCAGCAUCAACGAAGAAAUAGACCCACGCAGGACUGCCGUUACCACGCCCAAGGGAGAGGCUCGUCAGCUGGUGAAGGAUGGUUUCCUGGUGGAGGUAUCAGAAGGCACACGUAAACUCCGCCAUGUCUUUCUCUUCACUGACCUGCUGCUCUGCGCCAAGAUGAAGAAAACCGCUGUGGGGAGGCACCAGCAGUACGAGUGUAAGUGGUACAUCCCAUUGGCCGACCUGACGUUCCAGACGCUUGACGACUCGGACACCUGCCCUCACGUUCAGACGCUGCCCGAGCACGAGAUCGAGGAGAUGAAGAUCAAAAUCUCCGUCAUCAAGAACGAGAUCCAGAAAGAGAAGAAGGCAGUGAAGGGGCAGAGCCGUGCGGUGGAUCGCCUGAGGAAGAAGAUGAACGAACAGGAGUCGUGUUUGCUCUUACACUCUCCCACCAUCCCGUUCCGUAUCCACAACAAACACGGCAAGAGUUACCUGUUCCUGCUGUCAUCAGACUACGAGAGGUCGGAGUGGAGAGAGAGUAUUCAAAAGCUACAGAAGAAAGAUCUACAGGCUUGUGUGCUGAGCUCUGUGGAACUGCAGGUUCUCACCAGCUCCUGCUUCAAACUCCGAACCGUCCACAAUAUCCCCGUCACCAGUAACAAAGACGAUGAAGAGUCACCGGGCCUGUAUGGAUUCCUUCAUGUGAUCGUUCACUCUGCCAAAGGCUUCAAAGAGUCAGCCAAUCUGUAUUGCACUCUGGAGGUCGAUUCGUUUGGUUACUUCGUCAGCAAGGCCAAGACACGCGUGUUCCGAGACACCACGGAACCGCAGUGGAACGAGGAAUUUGAGAUCGAGCUGGAGGGUUCCCAGUGCCUGCGUAUCCUGUGUUAUGAGAAAUGUUAUGACAAGUCCAAGCUAAACAAAGAUGACAAUGAAAUCGUAGACAAGAUCAUGGGCAAAGGCCAAGUGCAGCUGGAUCCUCAGACCGUGCAGUCUAAGAACUGGCAUAUGGAUGUGAUAGAGAUGAAUGGGAUUAAAGUGGAAUUUUCCAUGAAAUUCACUAGCCGGGACCUGAGUCUGAAGAGGACUCCAUCCAAGAAACAGAGCGGAGUGUUUGGAGUCAAAAUCAACGUCGUGACAAAACGCGAGCGUUCCAAGGUCCCGUACAUCGUCCGUCAGUGCAUAGAGGAGGUGGAGAAGAGAGGGAUAGACGAAGUCGGCAUCUAUCGGAUCUCUGGAGUGGCCACCGACAUCCAGGCGCUGAAAGCAGCGUUCGACACCAAUACCAAAGAUAUCCUGGUGAUGUUGAGUGACAUGGACAUUAACGCCAUCGCAGGAACGUUGAAGCUCUAUUUCCGCGAGCUCCCAGAACCGCUGCUCACGGAUCGCCUCUACCCAGCCUUCAUGGAGGGCAUUGCGCUGUCAGAUCCAGCGGCUAAAGAGAACUGUAUGAUGCACUUGCUUCGCUCACUGCCAGACCCCAACCUCACCACCUUCCUCACACUGCUGGAGCAUCUGAAGAGGGUGGCUGAGAAGGAGCCAAUAAACAAAAUGUCUCUGCACAACUUAGCCACGGUGUUUGGGCCCACUCUCCUCAGACCCUCAGAGACCGAGAGCAGCAAGAGCAACAUCACGCUGGCCUCUGACAUCUGGUCUCACGACGUCAUGGCCCAGGUCCAAGUGUUGCUGUACUACUUGCAACAUCCCCCCAUCUCCUUUUCUGAGCUGAAGAGAAACACACUCUAUUUCUCCACUGACGUCUAAACCCUGAGAGAGAGAGAGAGCCCAGCACAUUCCCCAUUCCUCAAACCCCAAUAACCUUUAUACUGUACAGUGCCGACCAGUUCCACAGGGAAACUCAAAAGAGUCACACUCCCUAUUUUUGUUCAGUCUCGUGUCAUUCAGUGUGUAUGUGUGUGUGUGUGUGUGUGUGUGUGCGCGCGGAGAGAGAGAGCAGUAGCCUCUUGUUUGUCCCCGGUGAAGAGCUGGAUUGAGAGCAGC